AUGAACUCCAUCUUCCUCUCAAUCGUCGCCGCCGUCGUCAGUUUCUUCUUGAUAACCCUAAUCUUCGGAUUCUUUUACUUCCUCUGCAAAUCCCUGAAACGCCGCCGUCGCACCCACCACCACCACAUCCCGCAAACCCGAGCCAUCCGUUCCGUACCGCCGGCCACGGCCGGCCGCGGCGGCGAACUCUCCUCCGUCACAAUCGACGAGAGCGCCUCCUUCGACCCGAGUCUGAACCGGGUCUCCAUGGAGGAGCUGAAGCUCGCCACCAAGAACUUCUCCUCCGAUCUCAUCAUCGGCGACGGCAGCUUCGGCUAUGUGUACAAAGCCAGCCUCUCCGACGGAGUCACCGUCGCGAUCAAGAAGCUCGAUCCGGACGCCUUCCAAGGGUUUCGCGAGUUCCGGGCGGAGAUGGAGACUCUCGGGAAGCUCCGCCACCGGAACAUCGUCAAGAUGCUCGGCUACUGCGCCUCCGGGUCGGAUCGGGUCCUGAUUUACGAGUUCCUGGAGCGGGGCAGCCUGGACCAAUGGCUGCACGACACGUACUCCCCCGUCAGCAAGGAACGGUCCGACGACUCCGUGGUGUCGGUCAAGCUGAUGCCGUUAUCUUGGGAGACGAGGAACAAGGUCGUUCGCGGCGUGGCGAAUGGGCUUAUGUAUUUACAUGGGCUCGACACCGCCAUUAUCCAUAGGGACAUCAAGGCCAGCAAUGUGCUGCUGGACUCGGACUUCGAGGCCCAUAUCGCCGAUUUCGGGCUCGCGCGGACGGUGGACGCGUCGCAUUCCCACGUGUCCACGCAGGUCGCCGGAACGAUGGGGUACAUGCCGCCGGAGUACAAGGACGGAGUGAUGGCGGCGACGGUGAAGGCAGAUGUCUACAGUUUCGGGAUACUCAUGUUUGAGAUUGCCACGGGGGAGAGGCCCAACUUGCCGAUGGUGUUCGACCGCAAGGAGAUGGGCUUGAUUGAGUGGGCUCGGAGGAUGAUGGCCCACAAUCGUUACGAGGAGAUGUUGGACGGGAGCAUGCCCGAGAAAGAGAAAGGGUUGCUGAGUGAAGAGAAAGUGAAGGAGUAUUUCAGCAUUGCUUGCAAAUGUUGCAAUGAAACAAAUGCAGAUAGGCCAACCAUGGCUGAGGUUGUGGAUUUGUUGAAUAGAUUUUCUUCAUAG